CAGCGAGGAAGUAGUAGUUGAACGGAUCCGGAAAAGAUGUGCAAGAGAGCAUUUUAAGAAUAUUAUGUAUAUUAUUAUUAUUAUAUAUUGUAUGUAUUUGCGCCCUUUUAAAGUGGUCAAUUAUUAUCAUAGUUUUUUUUUUAAUUUUUUUAUAUACAAGCGUGACCGUAAUCAAGGCCUUCGCUGUUAGAAAGCCAUUGCCAUAUAUUGGCGCCCCGUAGCUAAAACUUCUUAUAGCAACAGAUCAGCGAGCAGCUGUUUGUACGCCGCAAUGGACUCCUGGGUUCGGUUCAACUCGCAAAGCCAAGGCAAGGAAAGGAUUAUACGGGCUGCUCAAUAUGCCUGCACACUACUGGGCUACACACUGCACAAAGGUGGAGCAGGAGCAGAACUUCGCAGAACUGUUAGUCAACUGGAAGCACACAUGAGCCUGACGAGAAAGUUGCUGCGUCUGGGGAACUCGGUUGAGGCCGUGGAGGCAGCAAAGAGGGCUAUCCAUCUCUCUGACAGCAUACUGAGGCUCUGUCUCACCGUCAGCCACCUCAACAGAGCAAUGUACUUCGCCUGCGACAACGUCCUCUGGGCGGGGAAGACGGGGCUCAUAUCCAAACUGGACCAGCACAAAUGGAGCCAGAGAUCUUUUAAGUACUACCUAUUUGCUCUGAUCCUCAACCUGACUCGAGAUGUGUAUGAGCUGCACCUCCUCGUGGAGCGAGAAGCACGUCACAGAGCGGCCAAAUCUCCCCCCUCACAUGACCCCGGUCCCGCCCUGAUGGCUCCUGACCUGUCGUCCCCUUCGUCGCCAGCCGCCGCCGCUUCGGCCGCCCUGCCUUACCUGUCUACGUGGCUACACGGGCAGCUCCACCUUUUAGCGGCGGUGCUGUACAACAACCCGCCGCUCCUGUUGGAUCUGGUGAAGAACUCGUGCGACAUCUUCAUCCCGCUGGAUCGCCUGGCCAUUUACCCCACUGGGACGGGGUUUGUCGGUGCCUGUGGGCUGGCCUCCUCUUUGCUGUCCAUCCUCACCAUUGUCCACCCUUGGCUUAAACUCAAGCCAUGAAGCCACGGACACUGAGGAAGUAUGACUGAGAGGGUUGUCUGGUUUUGUUAAGACUUGGAUGAUCAGCUCAGGCUCAGUGGCAGGUUGUGCAUUUGGCACCUGGGCCUUUAGUACAGACUGACCCGACUUAAUCCAUCACAAUUUUAGAAACCAUCAAAAAUGACUACAACAGCACGCAACUGUGCCCAGUACCUUAUCCGGAGCAGUUGCUUAUUAAAUGUAUUAAUGUGUGCAGUUCCUUACAGAUGCGUUCUGCUUGUUGGCUCUGACCCACCAAUGAGAAGACAGAAAAAUGUUGACAUCAUUAAGGGCAGCACCCUGGCCCUGCGACGACUAAAUUGAAAUCUGAAUCGUGAGACAAACAGUCUCAUUCCCAGUAGAGUUUGUUACAUUGACCAUAAUGAUUCUAAAGACCAAGGGCGAAUUAGAUUUACAUGGCAACACACAGAUGCUGAAAUUUGAUUGGACAAAACAUAUCUAGCAUGUACUGGAGGUAGCGUAGUCAAGAGAAACAUGACAAACCCUUCAGGCAUUUUAACUGAUGUUCGGUUAACAAUUUAAUGUUGUCUUCAUCAACAUUUUUCACAUUUGAUUUAGUGGCUCCCACAUUGAUCUGUUUGUGUGCAUCCUCGUUUGCCAUAAAUUGUGGUUUUGUAAUAAUUGGGUGGGUUUUUUUUGGGCUUAUUGUGAUAGUGCUCCUACAAUUUGCUGUGUGUGAAAAUGGAACAAACGCUAUUUCAAUUGUGCUUAUGGGCAUUUGAAAUCAGUGCUCAUUUGACAGACUUACUGUAUUUAGAAAAGCGAACGCCUAAAAUUGGAAUCAAAUUAUUUCUGCCUGUAUACUACAUUUACCAUGUUGAGUGGACCAUUUUGGGGAUUAGGAUUUUGCUUACAUUAUGACAAGACUCAAAGACAAUAAAAACAAGUUUAGUUCAGAAUAACAGCUUCAAAUAAAAAAACAACUUGUAGCCAA